AUGGCAAGGAUCUACGGCUUUCUGCUGGGUAAGUGGUUGGGGGAAUUUUGGAAAAUUUUGAUACUCAGAAAGUCAUCAUUUGAUUUUACAUGGGGAUAUGUAGAAAUGUGGUGCUAAUAUCUUAAUAUCAGUCUUUCUGAAAAAUAAUGAUCACUCUGUUGAAUCGAAAAUUGUAUCGCCACCAAGAAAGUGAAUUGUGUCGCGGCAAAAUCAAAAUGCAUUUCGAUUCAGCGACUCGAUUGGCGCAGCGACAGAGCGGGCACUAUUUUCCCGACAGACUGAUAUUUGAAUGAACAAAUAAAGGCUUACAAUAGAUAUGAUCUUUUUCUAUCGUGCUUUACAAAAGUCAUAUAGUAUCAGUCUGUCGGGAAAAUAAUGAACAUACUGUCGCUAUGCCAAUUGUGUCGCUAAAAUACAGUGGGGGACCUGAUCCAGUGGCAAAAAACGUAUCAUAUUGCAACCGGGAAGUAGUAUCAAGAAUGUGGCCAAAUGCUUCCCUCUCCAAGUAAAAAAAAUUCUUUUUGAAGGGCGCGCCCUUUCCCUCACAGAAAGAGCGGGCGCGAUUUUGAAAUCGGAGUCUUUUCACUUGGAGAGGGAAGCAUUUUGCCACAUUUUUGAUGCUUCCCGGUUGCAAAAUGGUACGUUUUUUGCCACUGGGUCAGGUCCCCCACUGUAAAAAGCAAUUUGAUUUUGUCGCCACAACAUUCAUUUUCUCGGCGGCGAUGCGAUUUUCGAUGCGACAGAGCGCUCAUUAUUUUCUAGACAGGCUGAUACUACCUUCAGUUAUUCCUAGCUUUUUUCUCUCUUGCCGUUUCAGCCGAUUUUCUUCAAAGUCUUGCUCUUUCAGCGCUUGCGCUAUGCCAUGUAUUUUUUCUCCAAGUUGAUGGCCUUCGUGGUGGGCUGAUCCGCGGUCGACGGACAAUUGGCGAAGAGUCGGUGGAAAUGGAGCGGCCAGAGACGGCUCAGUUCUACACUUGCAAUUAUCCCGGAGGCAAAGUGGUGAUAUUCCCAGAAGGACGCAGUUUUUCGACCAACCGGAUCGACGAGGAAUAG